CGUCUCUAGAUCUGCACGUGUACGCGCACAGAGCGUGCACCUUGCCGUGUCUGAGUGACUGUCGAAUAGCUAUACACCGGUAAGGAAAGCCCGUCUGGAUGUUAAUUGUCCGUAGUUACAGGUACAUAUACAAGUGUGUACUAUUUGAUUUCGUGAAGCAUGGGUAUUGGUAACAGAAAUACCAUCCGUUUCGGAGUGUUGGUACUAGUGCUUUCAACCUGUAAAGUUUCCCUGAGUCAGAAUGCCACCUACGUGGGGUACAACAUAACGACAGCUACCCCUAAUACCCUGAGUGGUCAAAAGACUGUAAUUCUGUCCGGAGUCGAUCUGCCGAGCGGCUGGCUGACGGGAUUUCUAGUGACCACGGACGCCAACUGUUCCUUUCAGCUACAACUGUGGACUCGUGUCACUCUCCAGGAACACACCCUUCUCUUCACUACAGCGGAUUUGUCCUUCCUUGCGGACGGACAGCAGCAGGUAGACCUGGGACUCGGAAAUGCUAUCAAUCUGACAGGAUCCGAGAUACUGGGCUUUACUGCCACGAGCAUAGGAGAAUGUGUAUCCUUUAACUUCGUCAUCAACCCACUGUCGUCAUCCAUGAUCUACUUCUUUAGCCUGUCACCAACGACGGGCAACACCUACACGUUCGUACCGUACCAGGAUACCAGCCAUUACGGAAUAAUGGCCGUUAUACAGGAUACACAGCCAUCCACUGUUGCUUAUUUCGGUUUUAACCAAACCGGUACUGAAGUGCUGCUGUCCUCUGCGUCGGGUAUCGGCGUCAUGUUGCGUGAUAUCAGCCUAAUGUUUGGACGCCUUAUUGCUUACCACGUAAACAUAUUCGGAAAUGACUGCCAGGUGUAUUUACAGUUGUGGAAAACGGUAGACACGGCUACUUUGACGUACAGGAUGAAGUACACAACACAAAUGCAGAACUUUUCAGCGACAGGGUACUACACGGUAGAUGUAACAGAACCCGUGAUUGUGACCGCUGAUGAUCGGAUCGUUUUUGUGGACGUGUCGCCAACGCCAUGUGUGGUGUUUGAGUUUACUCCCGUCCCCGCGCGAAUGUCCCCAUCAAGUUCAGCUGACUUCCGGGCUGGAAUAGCGAUCGAGGGAGCGGAAGUUGUGUUCCACCAUUUCCAAGUCACGCACAGAUUUUCUGUAAUGGUGGAAAUUGACGCGAUUAUACCCCAACCGGUGACCGGCGUCACGGGAGACCGAGGUUCUCAAGGAAACACAGGCCCAGAGGGAGUUACUGGACUGCCCGGGGCAACAGGUGUGCCCGGAAGCUUUGGUCCAACCGGAAGUACUGGGAUGAUGGGAGCUGUUGGAGACAGGGGAAUGACAGGUCCUAUAGGACCAGUAGGGUCAACAGGACUGCAGGGACUCCAAGGCAACACCGGAUCCCAGGGACUCACUGGAAUUAACGGAGAAAGGGGCGUCACAGGCAACUUGGGACCUCAGGGUCCUCGGGGACGUACAGGCAUACAGGGGUUACUAGGGGCACACGGAAGUCGGGGUGAGACUGGUGAUAGGGGAGAUAUGGGUGACGCCGGAAGUACAGGCAUUAGCGGACUUCCGGCGGCCACUGGUGUGGCAGGCAUAGCAGGCCAGGCAGGAAUAAAGGGGCCACUGGGAGACAAGGGACCAAUGGGAUCCCAAGGGGAUGUAGGUGUAGAAGGUGUAGCAGGAUCAACCGGAAUUCGAGGCCCUGUCUGGGAUCCCUUUGAUGUGAACUAUUGCGCCAUCCACGCGGGGGACUGUGACCAUGGCUGUACAAACAGCCCUGUUGGGUACACGUGCACCUGUCGACAGGGCUACAAUCUACUAAAUAACGGAGACUGCCGAGAUAUUGAUGAGUGUAUCACAAAGAAUGGUGGUUGUCAGUAUUUCUGUCAGAACACCGCCGGAAGUUACGUAUGUUCCUGUCCACAGGGAUACAUACUGGCGAGAGACGAACAUAGGUGUGACGAUAUCGACGAAUGUCUUGAAAAUAAUGGCGACUGUUCCACUGACCAAAUGUGCAUCAACACGUGGGAUGGGCACAUGUGUUUAGGUCCCAGCACUGUUUCAAAUGUCGCAGGUCUCUCCACUACGAACGAAGACAUGCUGACCUAUUCCAUGUUUGUUGGUAUCAUCAUCUGGAUGGCUGUUGUCACGUUCAUCAUGAUCUUGGAAGUGGUUUUACUUCUUCCGGAACUCAACAACCGGUCCCGCCGUCCAGAGUCGCCAACAUCUAUAGCCCCGUCCGUCAUAAUUGAGGAGCAGAACCCAGAAUACUAUUUCCCCGCCUUCUUCCCGCGCGUGCGCCUUGGGAUCCGGGAUUAUUACAGUAACGCUAGGUCAGAGACCAACGAGAAACGCCUGCGUCUGUAAACAGACAUGAAUUAAACUAUCAUAAAAUGUUAUCAACGUGUGAUAUUUUAUUAUACCCCCACCCCCGUCGAAAGAAUGGAUACAAGGUGUUUCAGUCCUAAUUCUGAUGAUAAUUGUGAAACAAAAUGUUUUAAUGCAAAUACAAUCUUAAAGAA